AUGGUUCAACCUACUUCAAACAUCCCGCUGGACGUAUCUGUGGCAUAUGGACUACCAAUGUUGCCAGCCUAUCUAAAUCUCACUAAAGGACAAGACGUGAAGAAAGGAUCCUUGAUUUUGGUGGGUGAGAUCGGUGGAAAUGACAUUAAUGCAAUUAUCCCACGAAAAAAUAUUACAGAAAUUCGAGAAAUGGUUCCACGCAUUGUUGCCAGAAUUACCAAAAUCACAUCGAAAUUAAUUAAAGAAGGGGCAAUACAUCUAGCAGUUCCGGGGAAUUUCCCAAUUGGAUGCAAUUCGUAUGUUCUAAAAACAGUAAAGAGUGACAAAAAAGAGGACUAUGAUCAAUUUGGGUGCUUGAGAUCUUACAAUGCUGCCAUCAGAUAUUACAACGACCAACUCAAAAAGGCUUUAGAGACACUAAGACAAAAGUAUCCACAUGUGAAGAUAACAUAUUUUGAUUAUUACGGGGCUGCUUUACGGUUAUUUCACGCCCCACAACAAUAUGGCUUUAAUUUCGGUAAAAUUGAGACCUUCAGAGUGUGUUGCGGAAAGGGCAAAGGAUACCAUCUGGAUAUACCUUGUGGAUUUGGUGAUGCAACAGCCUGUCCUGAUCCUUCCAAACAUAUAAAUUGGGAUGGCUUUCAUUUUACUGAAACAGCAUAUAAACUAAUAGCAAAAGGAUUAAUUGAGGGUCCUUUUGCAAAUCCACCCCUUAAAUCCCCUCUUUUCAAGAUACGUGAUAUGCAGGUUAGCACUUUAAGAAGCCGAGGUUCGAUGCCGGUUUUCAUCGAAGUCACUGCUUCCAUCAUUGAAAUUCAACUCCAAGACUCCUAUUUCAGGCAAGAUCAAAUGAAUGAAGCUUCACAUUCGGAAGAGAUGCUUGCUAUGUUAUAUUGCAUGGCAGUCAUGAGGCUUGUGAAUGUUGCUGUUGAGAAGACGCGCAAGAAGGAAGUCACAUCGAUUGCAGUUGCAGCUGAUGCAAUUGGUAUUCUGCGCAUGCUUAUUGAUAUUCAACAUGAGGGAUCACACCGGGAGCUUCCAACACUUAAGAUUGUUCGUAGUGCUUCUGUCAAGGCACUUGAUUGGUUAAAAUCUUAUUAUUGGGAACCUCAGAGCAAAGCAAUUCCUUUUCAAGGUGAAGGAAUAACAAAAGUGAAGAAAGAAAUUAAGUCUAAGAUUCGUGAAUUAGCUGUCUUCUUGAAAUUCAAUGGGAAUGUCCAUCAAACAUCACGACCUGGAGGAUCUAAGAAACAGAUUACGAAGAUCUUGAAAUAUGUUCUUCGGUUAUAUUCUUCAUUUUCUUCAGAGAUUGUUUCUAUGUUGUUGGAGUAUCUUUUGAAAGCUUUAAGUUCCUCAGAGUUGGAAGAGAAUGCAGAUGAUGCUUCAAUUGGUCUAACCACAGAGAACGUUUUGGCUGAUUGGAAGCUUAUCUUACUCAAAUUGUGCAAUAAGGAACCAGAAUUACUUCUGAAUCUUCUUAAGGAAGUCCUAGAUAUGAUUGAGAGUCAGGAAGAUAUGAAGCAUGAAGAAGAUAACCCAAAUAUGGGAAUUUCACAAUCGAGGACAAAGUUUUGGCUUUCUUCUUUGUUUGCUUGGCUUGUUGGAAUUCUCAGUAAAGUUCCUUCUGCUGCAGCACAUAUGCCAAAAGGAGUUUUGCUUGAACUUCUUCGUAGAUGUCUUCUAAUAUCACAACUUUUCAACAAGCAGCCGGUGGAUUCAGCACUUCAGAUUACAGAACUGAUGGAUGACAUCUCCUUGAUGCAGAAAGUUCAAAAGUUCUCUUACGUCAGUUUUACAUGGACCUUGGAAAAAUCAUGGAACCCAUGUCCAAUUGGAAUGUUACCCCGUGCUGUCGGGUCAUCUGGCUGUCUUCCGGUUCUUGACAUUUUCGACAAUGAAAAACAAAAUCAAGUAUCAUCUGGUUGUCUUCCCGUUGUUGACAUUACUGACUAUGAAGAACAGGAUCAAUUAUUGGAAAAGAAAGAGAGUUGGAAAUUGGCCCCACAUGGUGCCAAGAGAGAUGCCACAUUUGACCUUCUGCAACUUGAGAAAUCAACUGUUAAGAAGAUGAGGGGGACCGAAGAAUUUAGUGAAUUAAACAAUGAAUUUCCAUGUAUGGUGCCUAUAAGAUACAGGUGUCCGGCCUGA